GGACAAAAAAGAAAAGAACAAGAAAGAACAAAGGCCAGAAGAGCUUCUGUCUCGGUGGCAAAAGCUUCUGUCUCUCUCUCUCUUUCUGAUUCAUUAGCCUCUCUCUCCUCACACUCCUCACAAGAACCAGAAGCGACAAUGGCGGCGAAAGGCGCGUGCCUCAACCACGUCUCCCGAGAGUCCUCCGACAUCCGGCGCUUAGCCGAGUUCUACAAAGAGAUUCUUGGGUUCGAGGAGGUGGAGAGCCCCAACUUCGAGUUCAAGGUGAUAUGGCUGAGCUUGCCCUCCACGGGCUUCUUCCUCCACCUCAUCGAGCGGCUGCCGGAGGCCCGGCUCCCCGAGGGCCCGUACAGCGCCAGCUCCCCCACCGUCGACCCCAAGUACCUUCCCCGUGGCCACCACGUCUGCUUCACCGUCUCCAAUUUCGAUUCUUUCGUGCAGACUCUCAAGGAAAAAGGGAUCGAAACUUUUCAGAGGGCUUUGCCAAAUGGCAAGGUUAAGCAGAUCUUCUUCUUUGAUCCAGAUGGUAACGGCGUGGAGGUUGCGAGCAGGGUGGAUCCUUGAUUGGUGGUUGUUUGUCGACGCAGAGGAGGUCGAGAUGUGGUGGUCAAGUAUGUAAGAAACUAUUACAAGACUUGUGAAAUAGAAUAAGUAGUACCCAUGACCGAUGAUCAUCCUGUGAACACAAUUCUUACUUUCGUGAUCCUGAUUCGCAACACGAUCUGAACCUUGAUAUUGGUAUUGCUCUUUGAUCA